GGUGGCGCCUACAGGGACAUCUCGCAUGAGAGUCUAUCGCUGUUUCGGCUGCUGGAGCCCCAAAUAGAGAUCCUGGUGCUGGGCACAGGAGACAGGGUGGAGCGGCUCCACCCCACCAUACUGAAGCAGAUGCGGGAGUGCGGGAUUGCUGUGGAGGUGCAGGACACGCCAAAUGCGUGUGCAACCUUCAAUUUCCUAACAAGUGAAAAGCGCUUGGCAGCUGCUGGGCUCAUCCCUCCACGGGGCACCUACACAGGGGUGUAG